AUGCUGUAUGUUCUGGGCAAGAUCAGCGACCGAGAGGAGUUGGUCCUGGCGGGAUCGAUUCGCAACCCGGAACACGCUCUAGAUGAGCUUCACGAGUUUUACAGGCGAUGGCCGGCAGCUGUUGCGGAUAUUAGGAGUGCGUUGGAUGCAUGGACUAACAAAGUUCUUUUUCCUGUUUUAAUCCUCGCAACUCAAUUUUCGUUUUUUGUCAUACCCUUGUCGUCGAACCUCUAUAGUUGUAUCUGUUUCGAGUUAGGUUGUUUCUCUAGGGGAAAGCUCUGUUGA